UAGAAACUGCCAAUAUUUGAAAGAGAUAUGGCUGUUCCUUUCUCCAACACAACAUUAAGAGUUCCUCACGGCUUUCCAAACUUGUUGGAAGGGUUGGCAAGAGAAGUUCUCAGACAUCAGCCAAAAGAUAUCUACGGCUUCGGCGCAAAGUAUUUCGAAGAACUUUUAAGAAAGAGAGAAGAAACUGGUAUCGAUGAUCUAGCUCAGCUUGGUGCUAAACUUGAUGAUAGAUAUUACAAUAACAAGGCGUAUUGCACUGGUGCUUGUAGUGCUAAUAAUGCUGAACAUCAACAAGCUGCUGUGCGUAUUCAAGCCGAAUAUCGUAGACAUCUAGCUACUCAAGAAACUGAACAUUUGCGUCAAGAGAAUGCUGCAACCCUAAUCCAGUCAAACUUUCGGGGCUACAGAGAUAGGAAGUUAGUCAAGUCACUCAAGGAAAACAAUGAUAGAAGCGAUCAGUCGGAAGAUCAGGCACAAGAAAAUAAGGAGAAUCUAGAAGUCUCUGAGUUCAGUGAUCAAACGAAUACCUUGUUGGAGUCUUCAAAUCAAUCAACUAAUCAUUUGACUGCACAACAGUCUGAUUUGCCUAAAUCACUUAAAGAACAAGAAUAUAAUAACACUGAGGAAGCUGCUAUCACUCAGUCAAAUAAUAGAGGUUAUACCCAACGAAAACGUGAAAAGAGUAUUCGUAAAUUGGAACGUGUACUGUCUAUUCAUCAGAAUAAUGGUGAAGAUCAAGUUGUGAGUGAAGAAGACAGUGAAACUGAUCGUCCCACUGACUCAUCAUCUCAUAAUUUAGAAUCUGAAUCUAUAUCAGCAGAAUCCACAAGAGUUGGAUCACACAAAAAACACUCUUCGGUAGAAUCGUCAUAUAUAAAAUCUCCUGAAGAGCGAAACAACCAAACUAAUCCUACUGAAGAAGAGACAAAUAUCAAUACAGUUGAUAGUAACCAAGAAGCUAUACUAAUAUCGCCUCUAGAAGAGAAAGUUGACUUAGAAGAACAAAGGCUAGACGAUUUGGUUGAGGGUUCCAACAAACUUCCAACUGAGAAUAUAAAUCUUUCGCGUAAUACAGAAUCAGAGGAUGAAGCAAGUGAUAAAACACCAAGGGAAGAUGAUGAUGGUGAUGGUAAAAAACUUAAAACGUCAGAAUUAUUCACUGACAUACAGAAGCUGUGAAAAGAAGGUUAAGGAGAGUGCUACACUAGUGUACGUUGUUGAUGUGUUUGUUCAAGAAUAAAAGAAAAUCAACGGAAAUGAGAGAAUAUGAAACUAAAUUUAACGUUUAACACUUCAAAAUUCACAUAUUCAUCACAAUGUUAUGGGCAUAUACAGACAGCAAUGGUUAGUAAUCUUAAGACAUACAUUUGCGGACACUAUUUCCGAAUGAUUAUUUUGUAAUCUAUGCCAUGGGUCAUAUGUUUAUCGUUUUGUCGAGGGUAUUCGUAAACUUCCUGUUCAAAUUAUGCAGGAAACAAUUGUACUGUACCACAAUGCAAAUCAAAUCCCAUCACCAUGUGGAAAGUUAUCUGUUUGUCAGUUAUGAAAAGCUUUAUAAUCUGUAAAUCCAUGUUACGCUUACCUUACCUACUGUCAUCAGUGCACUCAUACAUGACGUCUUGCACUGUCCAGUGCCUCAAUUCCCUUUUGAUAAAGUAGUAUUAAACGUAAAAGUUUAUAGUUAUUAUAAGUAGAAUGCAAACUGAAUCAUGUAUUAAACAUUCUUCCUAGGAGUUUGUUAGACAAGCUAUUUUCAUUUACGCCUUUAAGUGAAGCGAUAACAUUGUUCACUUGCUUGUUUUGUUAGUCUUUAAUUAACAGAUAGUUUCUUUCACCACCAGCUAGAAACAUCUGAAAGUAUAAGAAAAAUAGCAGCUGCGUAAGGUAGUAACUUACUAUUCAG